AUGAUCAGUAUCAUUAGUAUCAUCAUCAAUAUCACAAUCAUCAUCAUCACCAUUACCACAAACAUCAUCACCAUAACUAUCACCAUCAUCACCAUGAUCAUCACUGUCAUCUCCAUCAUUAUCACCGUUACAACCAUCAUUGUCAACAAGGCUAUAUACAUCAUCACCACCAUCCUUUUCAUCACCAUUACAAUGAUUAUCAUCAACAAUAUCACCCUCACCAUCAUCAUCAUCCUCACCAUCAUCAACACCACUAUCAUCAUUGCCCUCAUCAUCUUUAUCACCAUCACCUUCACCUUCACCAUCACCAUCACUAUCAUUGCGGCCAUGGAGGUCAAGGAGUUUUGUCUGGAUAAAGAGAGGAGCCCAGAGCCCUGGGAGAGAAAAUCCCCAGGGAAGCCCGGGGACAAAGCCAAGUUCCGAGUCGCACACAUGACACAGCAUUAUGCAGGGGUCUAUUCCUGUCACUACCACAGCCCUGCUGGCUGGUCAGAGCGGAGUGACCCCCUGGAGCUCCUGGUCUCAGGUGAGUCUGGGAAGCCCUCCCUCCUGACCCAGCAGGGCCCCAUCGUGGCCUCUGGACAGAGCCUGACCCUCCAGUGUCGCUCUGAUGUCGGCUAUGACAGAUUCGUUCUGUCCAAGGAGGGGGGAUGGGACCUCCCCCAGAGUCUUGUCCUGCAGCCCCACGCUGGGCUCUGUCAGGCCCACUUCCCCCUGGACACUGUGAGCAGCUCCCACGGGGGCCAGUACAGAUGCUAUGGUGGAUACAACCUCUCCUCUGAGUGGUCAGCCCCCAGUGACCCCCUGGACAUCCUGAUAGGAGGAAAACUGCCUGACAGACCCUCCCUCUCGGUGCAGCCAGGCCCUAGGGUGGCCUCAGGAGAGAAUGUGACCCUGCUGUGUCAGUCACAGAGCCCCACGGACACAUUCCUUCUGUCCAAGGAGGGGGCAGCCGAUCCCCCUCUGCAUCUGAGAUCAAAGCACCGAGCUCAGCAGUACCAGGCAGAGUUCUCCAUGAGUCCUAUGACCUCAACCAACGGGGGCACCUACAGGUGCUACAGCUCACACAGCACCUCCCCCUACCUGCUGUCACUCCCCAGUGAGCCCCUGGAGCUCCUGGUCUCAGGGGAUCCUGUUAAUAUCACCCCAUCAGUGCAAACCCCAAAUUCCACAAGUGGACCCCAGGUCCCAGACUACACAGUGGAGAAUCACAUUGCUAUGGGCCUGUCUGGAUUGAUCCUGGUGGUACUAGGUGUGUUGGUGUUUCAGGCGUGGUACAGCGAGAGAAGGUCCCCAGGGGUAAACUGAAGAUGGAGCACACCCAUUCCUCAGGAAUUGUGAC